AUGCCUCGCCUCAUUCUCCUCCCACUUCUAUCCCUACUCACCCUCACCUCCGGUAAACCACAAUUCCAAACCGGCAGCUCAACCAUGCUCCGCUUCGGCUGUUCCCAAAUAGUAAUUGAUCGCGUCGACCCACUCGUCAACCCCGCACAGAUCCCAUCACCACAUAUGCACCAAAUAGUUGGUGGCAACGCAUUCAACGCGUCUAUCCCGAGUGCUGAUGUAGGUACGCUGGCGAGUUGCACGACGUGUAGUUUUGCGGAUGACUUUUCAAACUAUUGGACGGCGAAUUUGUAUUUCAAAGCGAGGAAUGGGAGCUAUAAAAGAGUCCCGCAGAUACCGAAUAGGGAGUUGUUCAAUGACAAGUUCACAUCGCAAACGAGUGGUGGAUUCGUGGUGUAUUAUGUUUCGGAUGGGAAGAAUAAAGUGACGGCAUUCAAGCCUGGGUUCCGCAUGUUGGUCGGUGACGCCACCCAGAGAACUAAAAUCGGAAGCGGAAGGAAAUCUCAAUCGUGUUUUCGCUGCUACACGGGGCCAAACUUCGGCGGUGACAAUGCUGCACCUUGUCAAGAUGCAAAACUGGAUACCGAAACUCUCCCAAGUAGUGCAUGCAAGGGUGGGAUCCGCUCUAAUAUUUUAUAUCCAACGUGCUGGGACGGUAUCAAUCUAGACAGUCCAGACCACAAAUCACACGUUGCGUAUCCGAAAAAUGGACCUCAGCAGUUCACAGGCACAAGCACUGGAGGUGCAUGUCCAUCAACUCAUCCCGUGAAAAUACCACAGAUCAUGCUCGAGAUCGUCUGGGAUACUACAGCAUUCAACAACAAAGCCGACUGGCCUGCCGACGGCUCUCAACCCUUCGUGCUCAGCACAGGCGAUAACACCGGGUACAGCCAGCACGGUGACUACGUUUUUGGCUGGAAAGGGGAUUCUUUGCAGCGUGCUAUGGAUGGUGGCCCUUGUACUGGCGCAUCUUGUGCGGGCCUCAAGGAGACAGCGAUGGGUGCCGAGAAGGCAUGUAAGGUGCCGAGGUUGUAUCCCGAAAAUGCUGAUGGUUGGAUCGACAAGUUGCCUGGGAUGGAUAACUAG